GGUUCAUUCUACAUUGCUAAUUUAAUGUCUGGUGUCAGUGAAAUGUGUAAUUGUUGUAAUGUGUUUUACUAUAACUUCCGCACCACCAAACUGCAGAGCAGUGUUUUCCCACCAAGCUAUGAGACUUUCAAAUCAAAUGAAUCCUCCAUGGAAUAUAGUUUAGAGUUUUCCUUUCUAUAAUUGUAUUUCUAUAUUGUAUAUUGUCUGCUAUGUAGCAGAAGGGAGUUACAAACCACAUUUUAUUUUACAACCCUGUUCUAAUGUGACCGUUAAACCUACCUUGUACCUUGUAUCAUUUCCAUUUGCAUCUGGAGGCUGAACGGAGGAUGAUGAGAGAAGAAGAGUUUCUGAUACAGGAAGACCAUUUCAGAAGGAAUGCUUUCUUGAUUAUCAGUGAAAUGGUGAAAAUGAGUCCAAAGCAUCCUUCAGUGUUAGUGGAUGAGAUUCUUCACAGCAUUUUCUUUUUGGGACACAUCAAGACUCCUCAAUAUUCCCCAAAAGAUAUUGUGAGUGAUGACAACGUGCUAAAUUUGUUGAAGGGCCGCUACCCUCAGCCUUUUAAACUUUUUUCCUCUGAACUACCCAAGCGGAGUCCAAUUUCAUGUGUGCUCGACAUGAUUGUCAAUCUGAUGGGACAAGAGAAUGAAGACACAAUAAUAGAAGAGCUGCAGAAGCUCAUCCGUCAACUGAAGGAGGAUGAAGCAAAAGAUCUGGUCUCCUCCACCAUCUGUGUCUCCCAGAAAAACAAGGACCCAAAUUCAGACAGGUACUAUGGAGUCUCCAUGUCCACUUCUGGCAGGGAUCCUGGGCGAAUCAUGAUUGCUGCGUCCUGCCUUAGUGCCUGGGACAGUUACGUAGCUGGUGCAGUGAUGACCUACUAUCCAAAGAAGACACAAAAGCCAUAUUUUGAUGGAACCAUUAAACUUCCAGAGCAGGUCAGGUGUCAGGCGUUUAGCUUAAGUGAUCUAAGAGAAAUGCCUCCUUGCAGAUCAUGUGGGAAUUUGUUUGGUUUGACAACAAGUGAAAAUAGGGAGUGGCCCUAUGGCCACUGUGCCGAAGCUGAAAGUGUGAACAACUUGCUUAAAUAUGAGGCAGAAGUGAGAGAGCAAGCACAGCCAAAAUCUAAAACAGCCACAGAUGAGAACAGGAAAAAGGCUCAAGAGAGUGUCUUGAAAGAGCUUACAAAUCUUCUGAAAAUGCAGAAAUUUACAUGGGAUAAACAUUUCUACACCCCACAAGUUUGAUCUUUGGGGAGUUCUUAUGGUUCAUUAUUAUAUAGUAACCAGAUUGAUCUCAAUGGUUUUGAUUCCUUAUCAGUAAAAACUUCUCUGUAAUCGUGCUUUUAUCAUAACAAAUGAUUAAUGCUCCAGCUACCCACUCCUGUUACAUUAAACAUAUGAAUCACAUGGCAGAAUCACAAAGCCAGAUGUCUGAUAACUGUAAGAAAAAAGCAUGCAGAAAGAUGCAAAUGUUGAUGUAUUGAUCGUGUUAUUAACAAUAAAUAAUGGUGGGGUAAA